AACCCCAUAUUUAAACAAUUCUCUUUCUCCUCACUCCUCAGUCUUUCUUUGUCUAAGCUUCAGAAUUACAGAGUUUAAGUCUCUAAUUCUGUAUUUGGUGUUGUUCUUCAACUUGGGGUUUUUUAGCCCUUGAAUUCCUCCCAUUCAGUGGGGGGCCCCUUAAACUUUUGUCCUCAAAUUCCUUUAAUUUUGAUUCUCUGCUUCAAAUUGUUUUGUGGGUUCCUUCUUUUUCACACUUUCUCCUGAGACACACCCCACAGGAGGUUGAUUUUCUGUGGUGGGUCAGAAGAAUUUGAUUUAAUUGUGACAACCCAUCAACAAAUUUCAGUUUUUGCGAACAUUGGCUAUUUUUCGGCCAGAUAUUCACGUUAGCUGUGUGCUGAAUGCUGAGUUCCAUGGACGAUGACAUCAGCACCGUGAAUCAAGUGCCUGUUGGGAUUCUUACAGGAGUCUCUUUUAACGUUCUGACUGAAAACGAUGCAGAGAAUUUAUCUGUGUUAACUAUUGAAACUCCUGCCGGAGUGACUGAUCCGAAGUUGGGAUUUCCAAAUCCAACUUCCCAGUGCACCACCUGUGGUGCAAGAAGCAAUAAACAAUGCGAAGGUCAUUUUGGAGUGAUAAAUUUUCCAUACACAAUUAUCCAUCCGUAUUAUGUGUCCGAAGUUGUCCAAAUCUUGAACAAAAUCUGCCCAGGAUGUAAAUCCCUUCGAAGAGAUAAACGAGCUAAGGGUGCCAAAUCAGGGGCUAAGCUCGAUUCGUUUAGGGGUUGUAAAUAUUGUGUAGGAAGGCCUCCAUCUAUCAGAUUUAGAGUUUCCACCAGUGACGUGUUUAGGAAAGCGGCCAUUACCGUAGAACUUACUGAGAGGUCACAAAGCAAGUACCAGCUUGAAGAGUUUUGGGAUUUUAUUCCUAAAGAUGUUCAAGUGGAAGAAAGUGUGAUAAGAAAUAAAAGAGUGUUGUCACCUGCACAGGUCUACCAUUUACUAAAAGAUGUUGAUCCAAGCUUCAUAAAAGAAUUUGUUUCAAAAACAGAUGCACUUUUCCUUAAUUCCUUUGCAGUGACGCCCAAUUGUCAUCGUGUCACUGAACUUAUUCAUCCGUUUUCUACUGGGCAGAAGUUAAUUUUUGAUGACCGAACUAGGGCUUUCAGGAAGCUUGUUGAUUUUAGGGGUGCUGCCAAUGAAUUGGCAUCUCGUGUCCUGGAUUGCUUGAAACUUUCAAAGUUACGCAUGGAGAAGUCAAAUAAUGAUUCUGAUAACGUAGAUGUACUAAACACCUCGGCAUCUAAAUGGAUGAAGGAAGUUGUACUUACAAAGCGAAGUGACCACAUAAUUCGCUCUGUUGUCACUGGUGAUCCUUAUUUGAAGCUCUGGGAGAUUGGCAUCCCUCGUUAUAUUGCAGAGAGGCUGCAAAUAUCUGAUCACCUGAAUUCCUUAAAUUGGGAGAAGUUAACUGCAAGCUGCAACUUGAGGCUUCUUGAGAAGGGAGAGGUCUAUGUUCGCAGAAAAGGAGACCUGGUUUCUGUUUGUGAAAUGGAGGACUUCAAAUUUGGAGACCUUAUAUAUAGGCCUUUGAACGAUGGUGAUAUUAUGCUAAUAAAUAGGCCCCCUUCAAUUCAUCAACAUUCAAUGCUUGCUUUGCAUGUCAAGAUUCUUCCAAUAAAUUCUGUAGUCUCUAUCAACCCUCUAUGUUGUGCUCCAAUGCAAGGGGAUUUCGACGGUGAUAGCCUGCAUGGCUAUGUGCCACAGUCAAUGGGCGCCAGAGUGGAGCUAAGGGAGCUUGUGGGCUUGGAGAAGCAGUUAAGAAAUGGACAGACUGGAAGAAACUUGCUUUCACUGACACAUGAUAGCUUGACUGGUGCACAUUUGCUCAUGGCAGAGGAUGAUGUCCUGUCCAAAUCUCAAGUGCAGAAUCUGGAGAUGCUUUGUCCUUCAAAAUUGUUCUCAUCUUCUACAAAUUCUGGUUUGUGGACUGGGAAGCAAAUAUUCAGCAUGUUAUUGCCACCUGAAUUUGAUUAUGUCUCUGCUUCAAAUGGUGUUGAAAUUAGUAAAGGAGAGUUAAUCUCAUCUCCUGCUGGAUCUUCGUGGUUUCAAGGGGAUGCCAAUGGAAACUUUUUCGAAAGUCUGAUCAACCAUUGUGGUGGUAAGUUUCUGGAUUUUCUCGAUGCUGCUCAGAGACUUUUUUGUGAAUAUUUGUCCUCAAGGGGUUUGAGUGUCUCUCUGCUUGACCUUUAUCUAUGCUCCGAUGGACACUUGCGUAAUAAUUUGGUUGAUGAAGUUUCUUGUGGUCUUCAAGAAGCAGAGAAGAACUGCCAUGUGAAACAGUUGUUGGUGGGUUCUUUCAUAAAAUACCUUCUUGCUGAUGAUGAACAACAUCAAAUUGCAAUGUCACUUGAGGCUGAUAAGCUAUGCUUUGAAAAACAGAAGUCAGCUGCACUAAGCCGUGCUUCUGUCAGUGCUUUCAAAUACGUCUACCGAGAUAUUCAGAAUUUGACUUAUCAAUAUGCUGCUAAGGACAAUGCUUUGUUGGCCAUGAUAAAAUCUGGAAGCAAAGGGAAUCUGUCAAAAUUAGUUCAGCAGAGUAUGUGUCUUGGUUUACAACAUUCACUUGUACCUUUGUCUUUCAGGCUUCCUCACAAGCUUUCAUGUGCUGCUUGGACUGAGUUGAAGGCAAAAUCUUCAAACUUUGAUGAAAAUUUUGAAUGCACCAAAUCUUUCAUUCCAUUUUCUGUGGUGGAAGGUUCAUUUGUCACAGGCUUGAACCCUCUUGAAAGCUUUGUUCAUUCUGUUACAAGUCGUAGUUCGUUCAGUGAAAAUGCUAAUGUCCCCGGUACCUUAACGCGAAAGCUUACUUUUUUCUUGCGUGAUAUCCAAAUGGCCUAUGAUGGCACCGUAAGAAGUGCAUAUGGGAACCAAGUUGUUCAGUUUUCUUAUGGUGUUGGAGAGGGAAAGUCUUCUUCAGUUGACAGUGAUGGAUCGAUUGGUGAGAGCAUGGAUGCGUGUAAUGCUAUUGGUGGCCAUCCUGUUGGUGCAUUGGCAUCUUGUGCUUUUUCUGAAGCUGCAUACAGCGCACUAGACCAACCCAUCAGUGUUCUGGAACCUUCACCUUUGUUAAACUUUAAGAAAGUAAUGGAGAGUGGUACCAGAAAAGCCAAAGGAAGCAGGACAGUUUCACUAUUUCUGUCUCACAAACUCAGAAGGUUGCGUUACGGUUUUGAAUAUGGGGUCUUAGAAGUUAAAAAUCAUCUUGAAAAACUUUUGUUUUCUGAUAUUGUCUCGACAGUCAUGAUAGUCUAUUCUCCAGAAAACCACAGUCGAAUGCAUAUUUGCCCUUGGGUUUGCCAUUUUCAUGUGAAGAAGGAAAUUCUGAAAAAAAUGCGGUUGAAAGUUUUUUCUAUAAUUGAUGCCCUGAAGAGGAAGUGCGAAGGAACUACCUCCCUUUCUAAUGUGCGCCUAAUGAGCAAGAGUGGUUGUCUUUCUGAUGCUGGGAGUGAUACCACAAUUGUAUGCAUUACUGCCACCAUCAGUGAAAAUCCAAGAAAAUCAUAUACGGAUUUAAAUUCAGUUCGAGAUGUGGUGAUACCGAGUCUUCUGGGAUCUGUAGUGAAAGGAUUUGCCGAGGUUGAUAAGGUAGAUAUAUUAUGGCAUAAUCAACCAGCUGAAUCAAGGACUCUGAGUCAGUCCCCUGGCGGAGAACUAUAUCUAAGCGUCUCUCUGUCAGCAAAUUGCAAAAGCAAAAAUAUGUGGAGCAGAUUAGUGAACAACUGUCUACCGAUCAUGGAAUUGAUAGAUUGGACACGCAGUUAUCCUGAUGACCUGAGUGAGAUUUAUUCAGCUUUUGGAAUUGAUGUUGCCUGGAGAUGCUUCCUUGAGAAUUUGAGGUGUGCUUCUGCUGAUAUAGGCAAGACUAUUCUUCCAGAGCACUUAAUCCUACUGGCGGAUUGUCUGUCUGUGACAGGGGAAUUUGUAGGGUUAAGUGCUAAAGGGAUUGCUAGGCAGAAAGCUCUUGUAUCUGUUUCGUCACCUUUCAUGCUGGCAUGCUUUACUAAUGCUGGCAUGUCCUUCAUAAAAGCUGCUAAGCAGGGAGCUGUUGAUGGGUUACAUGGAAGCUUAGAUGCUUUGGCAUGGGGGAAGAUGCCAAAUCUGGGAACUGGUGCACAUUUUGAUUUUAUGUACUCUGGCAAGGGGCAUGAAAUUCAGAAGCCUCUGGAUAUCUAUGAGAUGCUGGGAAGUCAAACAAGUUCUGACACUAAAACAAAGGUUCCCCCUAACAGUGAGGCGCUUGUAUCCGGAAAACUUGGUGCUCACCGUAUAGAUAGAUUUUCAACUUCAAAAGUAUUCAAUUUGGCAAUACCAAAGAAGUUUUUACAGAUGCAUUUCUCUGUGAAUGACAUUUGGCGGCUCGGUCGAAUAUGGAAGAGCAUAUUGUUCAAGUAUGCAAUUGAUGAGAAGUUGAGUGACUUGGAUAAGACAAUGAUGUUGAUGGCUUUAAAAUUCCACCCACAUCGAGAAGAGAAAAUUGGGAGUGGAGCUGUAGAUAUUAAGGUUGGUCACCAUGCUGAUCAUGCAGACACGCGCUGCUUCCUUUUGGAAAGAGAUGACGGAACAUUUGAAGACUUCUCGUAUAAGAAGUGUGUUUACGGUGCGCUGGAGCUUAUUGCACCUGGGAGGGCAAAAGUCUACCAGGCCAGAGCUGCCAAGAAAGGUGCCACCAACUUGUUAAAGUAGAAACCAGAAACCAGAAACUAGAAACCCAGAUGUUGCAUUGUGUUGUGUUGUUGUGUUUGUAAAAUUUGGUAGGGUUAGUUCUUUCCUCUACGCUUCUUUUUGCUGCUUCUACUUCGUCUUUCUUGCCGCAAUUUAGAAAUGGCAAGAAAGUCUUAGUGGAAGCAGCAAAGAGAAGCUGGGAAAGCUAUUAUAUAUUAUUAUUGUAAUUUCAUGUAAUCUGUAAAACUGUACUCUGUUUUUCGCAAUGCAAACAUUCUCAUUUUCCUUCAGUACUUUA